CACCCCUCCCCAGAUCAGUUUCCAUCCCCUCCUCCUCCCUUAGGGGGGGCCCCGCCCUGACGCCUCCUCAACCCCCUGACGCCUCCUCUAACCAGGCGAAAAAUAGCCUGACACCAGAGAGACACCAGGGGAGAGCCAGAGCGGGGAGAAUACAGCAGCUGCAACCUGGGGGGAGGGCAACAAGGUCACCGGAUGCAUCACAGAAACCAGGACUAAACAUGGCGGCUCCAGGUUACCCUUCACCUGCUGCUGGAUACCCCAGUCCACCAUAUCCAUCUGCUCCGUACCCCACCAGCCCUUCUGCUCCCCCUCCACCUCCAACGCCUGGUUUCCAUGACUACCCCGGACCUGGCUGCAGCAUCCCCCCUCAGCACCACAUGCACCCGGCUCCUCAUCCUCAGCUUGACCCUCCCCCAGGGGGAGCACCAUACAUGCCAGUGAGCAGCGGGAGCACCCCCAGUGCACUGGAGUACCUCAGCCAGACCGACCAAAUACUGAUCCACCAGAAGACGGAACUGCUGGAAGCUGUCACAGGUUUCGAGACAUGCAACCAGUAUGAGUUACGAAAUAUUAUGGGUCAGCGAAUAUUCACAGCGCAGGAGAGAAGCACAGUGUGUGCCCGAUGGUGCUGUGGGUCCCUCCGCCCGCUGACUCUUCAAGUGUGCGACUACACUGGACGGGAGGUCAUCCACUUCAUACGCCCCCUGAAGUGUACCAGCUGCUGCUUCCCCUGCUGUUUACAGGAGCUGGAGGUCCAGAGCCCCCCGGGACACACUAUUGGGUAUGUUGUGCAGAGCUGGCACCCGUUUGUUCCUAAGUAUUGUCUCCUCACCGAGAGUCGGGAGCCGGUGCUGAAGGUGGUCGGUCCUUGUCUUAUGUCCAGUUGUUGUGGAGACGUAAACUUCCAGGUUAAACCACUAUGUGAGUCUCGUAGCGUGGGCCGGAUCAGUAAGCAGUGGUCUGGAUUGCCCAAAGAAAUAUUCACAGAUUCCGAUAACUUUGGGAUCCAGUUCCCCAAAGAUCUGGAUGUGAAGAUGAAGGCUGUUCUCAUUGGAGCCUGCUUUGUAUUGGACUAUGCCUUCUUUGAGAGGUCGAGAAGUAAGAAGGAGCGCCACACGGUGAUCAGUUAACGCCGCCGGAUGUUACCACCAAUGCCUUAACCUCCCGCCAUCCAUGUAUUCUCCAGUUUACUCCGCGUAUCCCCUCCCCCGCCCCAUGUACACUGAUGUUUACACAUAUCUGUACGAGCUGCCACGUUUUCUACAGAUCGGUCUAUGAUGUAUUAUAUAUAUAUAUAUGUGACAAUAAAUAUUAUUCAUCUGUA